AAUAGUCUGAAUAAUUAAGUGAGGACCCAUUAAAACAUUAAACAUUAAAACAGGCGGGCGGAUAGAUCCGCAAGAUUCCACCAACCCAAAUCCAGAGUUCGAAAACGUCGCUCACAUCAUACCACCCGUUCACCUCCUCCGGCGACUGCUCCGAAGCCGCCAAACUAGAAACGUCGGCCGACGAUAUUUCUUAAGGCAUCAGUUAAGCUCCAAGCGAGGAGUCAUGGCUUUACUGACAUGGGAUCAAUCUCUUGGGGUAUCGAAUCCUUUGACCAAUGUUACAACGUUUGCUGCUGCCACUGCAUUUGCAUUCACGGCUAAGCUUGAACCAACACUGGGAGCUAGUAAAACAAAAUUCCUCAAAAAGUGUGUGAUUUUUCCCAAUAAGUGUAUCAGUCUAAAACCAAUAACCUCAAUCUCCCAAGAGUUGAUUGCCAACGUCAGAAACCCAAGAUUUGGAACCAGUCUAAGAUACUCACAAAAUCAAAGCCAUCUGAAUGUAAAAGUUUGCAUCUGUCAACAAAGCACCAUUCCUUUGUGGCAAUAAGGUCUAUCAGACUAUUCGAUAGACCACAAUCCUCCAGUUUUUUGUGUGCAGCCGCAUCUGGCUCAACACAAACUCUGCCGCGUGUAGAAAGCCCCAAAACAUCAAAUAUUGCGCCUCAAAUUGAUAAGGGGAACCCGUCCACGCCAAGACUUGAUGACAGCGGGCCCAACCUUCCACCAUGGCAUCGUGGAGGUGGGGGAGGGGGCGGAGGUGGAGGAAACACAUCCGGUGGAUUCUUUUUAUUUGGUUUUCUUCUUCUUCUAUCACAUUUGAAAGACGAGGAGGAGAAACUCAUCGAGAGGAAGAAAGCCAAAGACAUCAAAAGGGGAGGAUUAUUAGGUACAACUCAGUGACACAAUGAAUAUUAGGGGGACGAAUUUGCCCUUAUAUACAUAUAUCGAUCCCCGUCCCUUAAAAAAGGAUAUGUCCCAAAACAAGGUUCCUCAUUCUUCAAAAGAUGCGCGGGUUCAAAUCAUCUCUCUCUCACUCUCUCUCACUUGCACAAGUUUGAACCACAAUUUUGUUUUUGUGAUAAGUGUGCUGUUAUAUAUUAGCUCAGAAUUAGUCUACCAAUAGACCCAAUAGGAGUAUUAUAAGAGAGGGUGGAACAAUUGCCCCAAUGUGUAUUGCUUCAUUUGAUGAGUGCAAAACUUUUGGAAAUAUGUGUUUUGUUCACUAAAUAAUAACAAUGGUAAGUUUUG